GAGAGAGAGAGAGAGAGAAAACAGAUAAUAAUAUACAAAAGUCUUUGUAGUAGACACUAGACAGGACAGUAGUGAGAGAGAGAGGGAGUGAGAGAGAGAAAGAGAUGUGAGGAGCUCAUUGAGCUCACCUCGUCUUCUUCGAGCUUCUCUGGACACAAUAAUGGACACACCAGAGAAGACCCAGAUCGCCACUCCAAUCUCUUCUAAAUUCGAGGAUUCACCCGUUUUUAGUUACAUCAACAGUCUUUCGCCCAUUAAGCCAGUGAAGUCCAUACACACCACACAGACGUUCAACUCCCCCAUUUUUGCGUCUCCUCCAUCGGUGUUUGCUUCUCCACACAUUAGUUCUCACAAGGAAACUAGAUCUUUUAAAAGGAAUUGCUUAACGGAUCCAUCAAGACCUGAAUUCUCUAACUGUGAAAAUGAGGACAAUCCAAGAGAAGGUAUUUUGGGUGCAGAUAAACAAUCUGAUCUGUGCACUAAACAACUGAGAUAUCUUAGUCCUGGGAGUUCAUCCGGAGAGAUUCCAAUUGGAGCAUACAAUGAAAGCUCAAAAUUAGCUAUAGCAUUGCCAAAAUCAUUAAAAUAUGUUUGUGGGACCUCUGAUGUUAACACCUUGCCAGACAACAAUUCUAAAGCAGAAAAUGUGCCUGAGAUGGCUAGCACACCGUCAUCACUUAAUAAAUUUGCUACAGAUGGCUCGAAAGAGAGAUUCUGUUCAAUUGAAAGUGAAAUAAAAUUGGGAAAGAUUGGUCAGAUUGAGCAAAACAAAGAAAAAUUGGGAUGUGAUUGGGAGAAACUGGUUUCAGAUGCUGCUGAUCUGUUAAUCUUUGAUUCGUUCAUCAUCGAGGAGACUUCUGAUGGGCAGGUCGUCAAAACACUGAAUUCUGAGACAACUUCUUGUGCCUCAACUGUUCUCGAGCUCCCACAAGAUAACAAUGAUAGUUUGCAGAAAACACAUGCUGUGGGUUCUUGCAAAGAGCAUGACAUGGAAUCACAUGUGUCCCUAUCAGGAGAAGCUGCAAAGCUGAAGGAAACAAAUCAAGCUCCAGAAAAUUUUUCUAGCACUCUUCUCAAUGCCUCAAAUCCUGAAGUGAAUGAUGACAAGGAUAAGUGCAUUCAUUCUGGCUGCAAACAGCGUAGUAUACGAAGACUAGUUUUUGAGAUAUCAGGAGUGAAUAAAAGGAGAUCAAUGUACAAUUAUAAUUGUGGCUCUUCAAUCUCAUUACAAACUGAAUGUAACUUUGCCUUAAAUGAAAUGCAAGUGGUUUCCCCUAUUCCUGAAAAAGGUUAUUCAUCACCUAUGAUACCUGGAAUUGGUUUGCAUUUGAAUGCAUUUGCGUCUACUUCAAGCAAUAUUAACCCUGUAAAGCUUGAAACUCUGGCCAGUGGAAGGCAACUGAGAAGAAUGCCAAGCUCCAGCUAUUCUUCGGAUCCUUUAGUAUCUGGUCAGGAAGGUCCAAAUAUGUCCUUGAAUCAUAACUCUGCAGAAGGAAAUUUGAGUUCCUGUGUUAAUGAAGUGCAGGUUAUGGAAGAUGCUGCAUCUGCUUUUGGAGUUAUUGAAGAGUUUAACCAGAGUAGUCCCAAGAAAAAGAGGAGCAAGUCGGAACAAGCUGAAGAGAGUGAUGCCUGCAAGCGUUGCAACUGUAAGAAGUCAAAAUGCUUGAAGCUUUACUGCGAAUGCUUUGCUGCUGGUCUCUAUUGUGUUGAGCCUUGUUCAUGUCAAGAUUGCUUUAACAAGCCAACUUAUGAAGACACUGUUCUGGAAACGCGCAAACAGAUUGAAUCUCGCAAUCCACUUGCAUUUGCUCCUAAAGUGAUUAUGAGCUCUGAACCAUUUCCGGAGUUUGGGGAUGAAACUAACAAAACUCCAUCUUCGGCUCGACAUAAAAGAGGAUGUAACUGUAAAAAAUCCAGUUGCCUGAAAAAAUACUGUGAAUGCUUUCAGGGUGGUGUUGGAUGCUCUAUUGGCUGCAGAUGUGAAGGAUGUAAAAAUCCUUUUGGUUGCAAGUAUGGAACUGAAGAAACUGAACUUGAAAUGGAAGAAACAGAUACUUCUGAAGUUAAUGCAUCAGAUAUAAGUUUACAGAACAAUGUAGUCCAGAAGGCUGAAGAGAAGUUAGAUCGUGUUCUUCCGUUACCACAUUCAUAUGAGAUUAGCAGAUCCCUUGUUCGACUGCCCUCUUUCUUUAGUGGCAAGCUUCCACAAUCUUCUCUAUUUGGUGUUCAAUCAUCUCCUCACAUUUGCACCAGCAAAAAGCCUGAAAAACCAGAGUUUCUACAUGGCCUGCCCAAGUUUGAAAAGCGUCUUCAGAUGAUACCGGAAGAUGAAAUUCCCGAGAUUUUGCAAGACAAUUGCUCACCUACUAGGGGUGUAAAAUCUACAUCUCCAAAUUCUAAGAGGGUCUCUCCUCAUCUCAAGCUCGGAAGUGGCAGGAAGUUGAUUCUAAGAUCUAUCCCAGCGUUCCCAUCUCUCACUCCUCAAAAUGAAAACAUUAAAUUUUCAGGACAAUCAAGUUGAAGUGCUCCAAAUUUUCACCAGGGUGUUAAGGUAAGUUCUUUAGUUCAAGCCUAUCCAGAGAAGUGGCUGAAGUUGAUUCUAAGAUCUAUCCCCAUCAUUCCCAUCUCACUCCUCAAUGUGAUAACAUCAAUUUUCCAGGACAACUGAGUUGAAAUGUCCCAAAUUUUCAUCACGUUGUUAAGGUAUGUUGUUCAGUAGCAUUUGUAGUUUUAGCCUAUCCGAAAUAAAUUGUGUUAACAAUUCUAUCACCUGUGAAGACUUUCUAUCACCUUUCUGUUUUUGAAUAGUUGAGUAGUGAGUUAUGUUCUGUUGUACAAGUAAAUUGAGUUGGGAAUUCGAGUAGUGUUGUGUUUUCCAAUCAAUUGUAGUUGGCAACUACCUGGUAAAACAAAUAAUGUAUUAUAUUGCAAAUCUUUUUUCAUGCCUGUUAUAUAUUUUUAA